AUGCCGCCCAGCCCAAAGGCUAUUCUCAUUACCGGCUGCUCCACCCACGGGGUAGGAGCAGCUCUGGCCCUCGAGCUCGCCCAGCAGGGUCACUAUAUCUUCGCCACAGCCCGCUCCAUCACGAAAGUUCCCGAGAGCCUGGCCUCGUUAGCGAGCGUCCAUGUGCUCCCGCUAGAUGUGAUCGACCCCACUUCAAUUUCUGACGCCGUACGCGCGGUGGGGGAGCAUGGCCAUGGCCUUGAUAUUCUGGUCAACAACGCCGGGACAGGGUAUACUAUGCCUCUCCCGGAUGCUGACGUUGAUCAGGCGAAGCAAGUAUAUGAGGCAAACGUGUGGGGACUGCUACGGCUGAUCCAAGCAUGCAGUGACCUGCUCAUCACUUCCAAGGGACGCAUUAUUAAUAUAAGCAGCGUAGGGGCCGUGGUCAACCCUCCCUGGAUUGGUAACUAUUCGCUUCUUCCUUUUUUUAUAUUCUCUUCUUCGGUCGGAGAGGACGCAUGGCGUCUUAAUUAA